GAUCAUACGUCACUAGUAAACUGCGAGCAAGCCGAGUCGAGUCGCGUGGUCGUCUGCAUGGGGCCCAUUGAUCAGACCUCGUAGUGAAGCUUCCUAAUUCAUCACUUCGGAUGAGAGAGAAUAAUUACGUUCAUCCGCGAGUUUCCCAUUUUUUUUACGUUUUUUCCACACGACGAUCCAGGGAGCUGGGCUCCCCAGAGCAGUCCAACAAUCGGAGAACACCAGCGGCCUAAAGGAGAAUUGACAAAACAGAUACACAAACAAUAAAACCAUGGAGGUAGAAAAGCGGUAUGAGCGAUUAGUUAAUAAGUCUAGAGUAUCAAAAGACACAGAAAAAGUUCGACAUCUUUUACCAAUCAAGACAAAAGAAGGUCGUCUAAAGAAAAGACAUACUUCGGAACCCACUCCUGUAGACGAUGAGCAAGAUGAACGUACAGACACGGUACUGUCUGAGAAAUUUGCAGAUAACAAUGUAGAGAGUACCGUAGAUACCCCACCCGCUAAACCAAUUUCUACAGUACAACUUUUAGCGUACCGUGAAGAGAAGCUUAAAUAUGUGCGAUACCAUAUUGGUAUAUUGUCUAGUGAAAUUCUGGAAAAUCCAGAGCACAAAUUGAGUAACUUAUCUUUACUCUUGAAAUACAUGGACGAGAGGAAUCCAGAAGUUUACAUCACAGUUACAAAACUGGCUACUGCCUCUAUACUUGAAAUAUUUAAGGAUCUCUUGCCAUCCUACAAUAUUUGGUCGUUCGACAAAAGUGAAGUAAAACUGAAAAAAGAAACAUUGCUACUGCAGAAUCAAGAGACUGCACUGCUUAAAUUUUACAGACAAUACUUGCAAAAGCUUGAAAAGAUGGCAUCUGCAAUUAAAAAAACUAAACAGAAACAAAUAGUAAAGAAACUUGAUGCUUAUUUAGCAAUGUUUGCAAUUGACUGUAUGAGUAAACUUCUAGUGACUCAGCCAUACUUCAACUUUUCAUCAAAUAUAGCUCAUUUCUUGAUUCCAUUCCUGGACAACAAACACCCAAAUGUAAGAGAAACUGUAGCAAAAUGUUUUCGACAAAUUUUCAAAGAAGAUUUGCGUGGGGAGUUAUCAUUGAGCAUUGUACGCCAUUUGAAUCAGUACGUAAAAGUGCAUAAACUGUCUGUACACUUGGAGGUGAUACAAAUUUUGUUGAGUCUGAGAAUUAAAGAUAUUAACUUGGAUAAAAAUAAGGAAGAAACGAGCAAUUACAAAAAACUUGUUUCACAUAAGAAUAGAGUUCUUGCACUGAGUAAAAAGGAAAGAAAACGAAAAAGUAAACUGGAACAAAUAGAAAAAGAACUGUUGGAAACAAAAGCAGAAGAAAAUAAGCAGUCGCAAUCAAAAACAUUCACAGAAAUCACUAGCUUAUUAUUUACCAUAUAUUUUCGUAUUUUAAAGAAUGCUCCAAGUGGUAAAAUUCUGUCUUCUUGUUUAGAAGGUUUGUCAAAGUUUUCACAGUGCAUCAAUAUCGAUUAUUAUCAAGAUGUGGUGAAUCAAUUGAAUAAACUACUCGAUGAGGAGAAGCUGUCAUUUGUGGAAUGUAUUCAUUGUAUAAAUGCUGCCUUUAAAAUAUUAUCUGGUCAAGCUUUGGCAUUAAACAUUGAUCCUAUCAGGUUUUAUACACAUCUGUUUAGGAUCAUGUUACAAAUUAAUGUUGGACAAAAACAUAUGCAUGCAGAAGUUUUUACAGAAAGUCUGUCGUAUAUUUUGAUGAAUCACUCUAACAAUAUUACUCAAAACCGUCUACUUGCCUUUUUGAAAAGAUUAUUUACAAUGAUGUUAAAUGUACAGCAUAACACUAUUUUGGGAACGAUUUGCAUAGCGCGAUUAUUCAAACAACAUUUUAAAAUCACUAGUAUUUUACUCGAUACAGAAAAUAUGGGAGAUAAUAUUUAUUUAGCAGAUUUGAAUGAUCCUGAGUAUUCCAAUGCUGGUUCUACAAGUUUAUGGGAAGUAGUUGCGCUUCAGAGGUAUUACCAUUCUUCUGUUCAAAAUAUUGCUAAAAUUAUAUUCCAAAAUGCGCCGUUAAAAAUGGAAAACACUGUGGCAAAGAAUAUAAUAAAAUCAACGCCGAAAGAUAUUUACGUGGAAUACGAUUCGUCGCGAGGUACUUUCAACCCAGCAAUUACUAAACCAAAAAUUGCUAAGGUUACAAGACUUAGGAAAAACGAUUUGAGUGCUCGAUUUGAAGACCUGCCAGAUAUAAUUAAUAGCCACAAGAUAUUCGAUGAUAAAUACGUUGAUUUAUUCGAAGAGCUAAGACAUAAUCGUAAGAUCAAAUAAAAAAACUGUUGAACUUUAA